UCCUUCUUCCCACUUAUCUCCAAUUUUGUAUGCGUCCUCCGCUGCAACUUGCAGCCAGCCAACCCUCGAAACCCCAUUCCAAUUCCCUAUACUAAAAUACUAUUUCCAACUAUAGAAUUUGCUUAGGCAUUCUUGCCUUUACCCAUCUCAGUCCUCGCUCGUCCCGCUCCUUCGUCAACCCUCGCCGCCGCCCCCCCGCAUCCGCCGCCGCCGCCUCCCCCGCCGUCGCUGUCCAGUUGCCACCUCCAAAUCCUGCACGAUUUGAUGAGUUCCCAAGCUUCGAAGGCUGGAUUGGAGCUCACAAUACAGACACCGGCAUUUGGUUACAAUCAGAAACAACUGGAGAGUAGUAACCAACCUGUAAUUGCUCACAAUAUAAGAACCAACUUAUCUCAUUCACUUGGUUUUUCUAUGUCACAGACUUUCAAUCAAACUGGUAGCAGAGAACAAAAAGAUCAACCAAUCUCAAUGAUUGGACAUGGUCAUUCUUCUCAACAAGGGGUGUAUGCUUUGGAGCCUUCUUUCUAUUGUGGUGCAGAUAAACAUACAAUUAUAAUGGGGCAUGACCAUAUCGCUCAUAUAAAGAAGCUCAUGGCGGAUGAUUCCCUUGGGGACAGGAAAAGUUGCCAGGAACCUGGUUGCAAUGAGGUUGUCGAUGGAAGGGUAGUGUACUGUAAUAUUCACAGUGCAGGGCGUUCAUACCAACAGAAUAGUUACCUCCAGAGUGCACAUAAGAGCUCAGAUUUAUAUAUGCCCCCUGUUAAAGGCAGCCAUUGCACCAAACCUGGUUCCAGUACAGUGACAUGCACUGAACAAGAUGUACAUGUCAAGUAUGAUGUGGAUGAUCAAUGCAAACUGAAGGAUAGUUCUCGGAACACUCAGGGUGACACUGGUCAAGUUAUCUUCCAUGGGGCAGACAUAUGCAAGUACGAGAACUGCAGAAAGCAGGCCCAGGUGAACACAGUGUACUGUAAAAUACAUAGUGGUGGUACAAAGGGUUGCAUGGCACGGGGGUGUAUAAAAGCUGCACAUGGAGGAACACCUCUAUGCAUUGGCCAUGGAGGAGGGAAGCGGUGCAUUGUUACUGGAUGCCCGAAUGCAGCAUGUGGCCAAGGCCGUAGUGAUCACUGCGUGAGGCAUGGUGGUGGCAAGCGAUGUAAAUUUGAAGGCUGUGGGAAAGGUGCACAAGGGAACACAGACUUCUGCAUCAGGCAUGGUGGGGGAAGGCGUUGCAAAUCUCAAGGAUGUACGAAGAGUGCACAAGGACGGACAGAUUUCUGCAUUAAGCACGGUGGCGGUAGCCGGUGCAAGUUCGUAGGAUGCAAUACAAGCGCAAAAUGGGGGACAGAUUUCUGCUCUGUGCAUCGGAAGAGUCUGUCGAGCGAGGAUAAUGCUGCCCCUGAAGCUUUGCCACUCCCUUCUGGAAAGCGCCGUCGGGCCAAGAAACCCAAAAAGGCAGUGAAGCCAUCUGUGGUCUCCCAGGGAACUGUCACUGCUGGUGUAUCUGUAGCUGGAAGCAGCACACAAGCAAUGGGUAUUCCUGUGGCAACCAUGGUUUCAAACCGUGAAUUAUCACACAGGAUUGUGAUGGCAGCAGGGCAAGCUGCAAUGGCUCCCUCUAAGGUGUUACCACUGUCCAUCAAACCUCCGACAGCAGCUGGAGCGGUGGUUUCAGCGGAGAGGGAGGCGGCAACAAGCAGCAUGAUGCCAGGUCUCUAGAAAGGCGAUGUUGGUGCAUUUGGAGGCAUUGCAUGGCUGCCAAUCUCUAAUUUAUUGUCUCCAACUGAGGAACAUCAAGUCUUCAGGAGAUUUGUCCAUAGUAACAAGUCAUGGCUGUCAGCGGCUGAUAUUGCUCUCCAUUUGGUUUGGUUUCUUUUUUCUGUGCAACUUGUCCAUCUCAUGAUGUUCUAUAAACGCUGUGUGGUUAUUAGAGUAACAAGUCAUGGAAACUGUUUUCAGACUAUGUGGAUUGUGGAGUUGGGAACGGACAACUAGCAAAGGGGGUCUUUGCAUCCUGCAAUCUGGUGCUGUUGGAAAGACUUGCCGUCUUGAUGAUGGGCAGAAUGGGAGAUAAUUUGGUUAUUGGAGUACUAGAAUUAUAUUAUGUUUACGCAGCCACCCAUUUGUUGAAUGUAGCCGUUGCCUGCUGCUCGCUUUGCAUAAUUUCUGUCCAUUUCUUUUCUCAGUCUUGCGGGAAAAACCCCCUAAGAAAGUGCAAUAGCAACGCACGGGCUGUCCGGAUUUAACCCUUCCAAACAGUUUUAAGUGUAAUACGACUUUAGGAUUUUAUGUUUGUGCCUUUUGAA